AUAUUUAUUUAAAUAAAAUCUAGAACUGGCUUUUCUUAUCGCUUCAUUAAACCGAAUUCUCGAGGACAGAAAUCGAGUUGUUUAGUUUGGAUAAGGUAAUUAGCAAACUAAGAUGGUGUUUCGAACCAAACGGAUUUAUUCGGUUGUUUUUGUGGUAUUCGUUUUUGUUUACGACGCGGCUGGCGUGGCUGAAGAAGAAAUUAGUUACUACGAAAAUCUGAUAAACGAGGAAUUGGAAAAGGCAGAGAAGUUUGAGUUACCAACAAACGCCAAUAUCCACCGGCCGUUGGACGAAACUAUAAGAGAUUUUGGUACUUUCGAUUUCGUUAUAAUUGGAGCCGGUUCCACCGGUUCGGUUAUAGCUAGUAGAUUAUCGGAAAUAGCCGAAUGGAGGAUAUUACUUUUAGAAGCCGGGGGUUACCCCAACAAUUUCACAAUGAUCCCAGCUAUGUUCGCAAUACAAGCUUUAACCAAUUACAAUUGGGGUUUCUUGAGUACGCCACAAAAAACAGCUUGUUUGGGCACGGUGAAGAAGCAAUGCAGAGCCUUAUCGGGAAAAGGACUUGGAGGAACCUCCUUAAUAAACGAACUGGUUUACGCCCGCGGAAACAAAAAAGAUUUCAACCAUUGGUCUCGAUUACUACAAGACGAUACCUGGAAUUACGAAAACAUCCUCGAUAUAUUCAAAUACUCCGAGGAUUUCCACAAAACGAAUCCGGACGCAAUAGUAGAUUGGAAUUACCACGGAGAAGGCGGUUUACUCUAUACCAACCACCACGUACCCCCUUCGAACUAUACGAAAUUAUUCCUCGAAGCUAACGGGGAAUUAGGCGUCGAUAUCACCGAUUACAACGGUAAGGAUCAGGAAGGCGCCACGAUUUUACAAAUACACACGAAAAACGGGAGGAGAUUCGAUCAAGCGACGGCGUUUCUGAAACCCGCGGCUACUAGACGAAACCUAUCGGUAUCGUUGCACAGCUACGUAACCAAAAUAGAAAUUAACGACGACGCUAGACGCGCCACCGGAGUAAUUUUUACCAAAAAUAAGAAAAAAUACAGAGUAACGGCCAAAAACGAAAUCGUAUUAUCCGCCGGAGUGUUUUCGUCGCCGCAAAUAUUGAUGCUUUCGGGCAUAGGACCCGAAAACCACCUCAAGACCUUUGGUAUACCCUCAGUACAAGAUUUACAAGUCGGCGGUAAACUACGGGAAACCGUUUAUUGCGGAAUACCAUUUUCCUCGAAUUAUACACCUCCGAUUAAAGAUCUCCGAGAAAAAAUCGAAGAUUAUCUAAAUGGCGUUGGGGAUUUAACGGCCGCUAAUCGUAUUGACGGUUUAGGUUUCUACGACACUCGAAAAACUCGUUAUCCCGAUAUAGAAAUAGUUAUAUCGUCGUCUAAUCAAUCCUCGAUCGGACAAAGGUUUCAAAAUGUGGACUACGAUACUUGGAACGCUCUUUAUAACAAAACCAUAGUCGGUCCUUUGACUUUUACCGUCCUCUUGUUGCGUAGUCGUUCGACCGGUACGUUAAGAUUGAAAAGCGACAGUCCUUACGAAUAUCCUUCGAUCGAUUUCAAUUUGUUGAGCGAUCCCGAUGGCAAAGAUAUAGAUACCGUAUUUGAAGGUAUCCAAAUGGUUCUGAAUCUCACUAAAACCGAAGCUUUUCGUCGGAUUUCCGCGAAAUUGGAGGUCGAACAGAUACCGGGUUGUUCUAACCACGAAUUCCUCGGCAAAGAUUUUUGGUAUUGUUAUAUAAGGCAUUUGGGUUUGGCCGCUUAUCACCCUGUCGGUACUUGCCCCAUGGGGAGGGAUCCCGGCGAAGGCGCUGUGGUGGAUUCCAAUUUUAAAGUGUUCGGGGUGGAGGGGUUGAGGGUGGCUGAUGCUAGUGUGUUUCCCUUAAUUCCCGCCGGGCAUCCUAACGCCGUUUGUACAUUGGUAGGAGAAAUUAUUUCAGAGUUAUUGAAGAAAGACCACUUAUGAGGUUUUAUAGUUUUUUAUUUUCGUUGUUAAUCGGUUAUCGACCUAUCAAUAUUUAGUAUUACCACCCCUGGACCUAACAACAAUCCAAUUUCUCUACUCCAUCUUCGGUGACCCCCAGUAUGUUAACAAACAUCUUGUUCACCGUUAACCCCACCGCUGAAAUCAUCCAAAAACCUCCUCCGAAAGCCACAAAUAUUUCUCCGGGUCUUCUGUAGGUCUUUCCGGGUCUUUCGUUUGAAAAGAAAUUAAUCCUCAGUCUAAUUAAGGUUUCGGGGUUAAUUUAAGACCAGUAGCUGGCCUUUUUGGCUCAAGGUUAGUUGCCUAAAGUCUUCUUCAACACACACUCACAUUUCUCUGAACCCUUGUUAGACUGCUAACAAUUAAUCGGUCAAUCUCUCUCUUAUGUGCACCUUUUUCUUCCAGAACAGUGUCUCUUGGUAAUCACUUUACCACUUGUUGUGUCCAUUUUAAGGUAGAAUUCUUGUUUGUUGUCUUGGAGUUGUGAAUUGGUAAACAACUGAUAGUGGUGAACCAGGUAUAACCUUUCAUAAGGGGUAGUAACCCCUAAUUAGAACAUAUUGUUGAACUGUUAGGACAAGAAACAUUUUUUAACUCACGAAUGUAGUUUUUACUAAAGUUUAGUAUUUUUUUUAUAAAAUAAACAAUAUCCAAGAAAA